CCCCUAUAAAACUUCAGAAGUGAGAACAGUGUGUGAAUUGUUCUCACUUAACUAGCCUGAAUUGGUCAUUGGGGGAAUAAUCUUUGUCUGGGUAAAACAUGAAGGGAGUUUCGUUAUUAAUUUUUGUUGCCUGCUUUGUAGUGGCCACAAGUUUUAGCUUGUCCUGCAGGCACCCGCCAUCGGCUUGGUGUUCUUCAUGGGAAAUUGCGAAUGAAUGUGGGGUGCUUAAACAGUGUCUGGAGUACAACAGCACAAACUCUGACUCGGUGGAGGUAGCUCUGUACUUUGAAUCUCUCUGCCCUGGUUGCAGGCAGUUUCUCACCACACAGCUGUUUCCCACAUGGGUGAUGUUGAACGACAUCAUGAAAGUGCAGCUCGUACCUUAUGGGAAUGCCGAGGAGUCCUUUGAUGGAAAGCAGUACCACUUCACUUGCCAGCAUGGAGAAACGGAAUGCCUUGGCAACAUGAUUGAGACGUGCAUACUUAAUUCAGUGGAUCAAGGAACUGCCUUCCUUGUCAUCUUCUGUAUGGAGGCCUCUUCAGAUGUGGUGAAAGCUGGCCAAACGUGUCUGGAGCUGUACUCCCCCUCAUCAAAAUGGGACAACAUCAUGACCUGUGUGAAGGGCGACCAGGGAAACAAACUGAUGCACCAGAAUGCAGUCAUCACCAAAGCACUGAAACCACCCCAUAAAUACGUGCCCUGGAUCACCAUCAAUGGAGAGCACACUGAUGAUCUUCAGGACAAGGCUAUGGGCUCCCUCUUCAAUCUGGUUUGCAGUCUGUACAAGGGCGAGAAACCACAGGCUUGUACUCUGGCAGCAACUGGGAAAAGCAGAAGUUACUGUUUUAACUAGACCACUGUGAAAAUGUGUUUCUGAAAUGCUGUAUUUGAGACAUUCUCACUUUUUAUGCAUCAGGUUUUAAAUGCCUUUUUAGGUUCAAUGUCAUAUUUGAAUGUUUUCAUUCUUUUUAAUGUUUUCAGAAUACUUAAAUCAUGGGCUGAAAAAUUACACAAGACACAAUUUUGAUAUCACAGAUUCUUGCUCCAGAAGUGAUUGGGAGUGUUUAUAACACUCAUCAUGAUUACAUUUUGUGAAAUCCGAUGUACAAUGUAUAUAAAAUUGCAGAACAUUAAAAUUUAUACUUUUUAGCA